GGCGGCGUGCGGGGCGCCGGAAGCAGCCGGUCCGGGAAAAUGGCGCCGAGCUCGAAAGCGGAGCGGGGCGGCCCCGGGGGGAAACGGGGGGCGGCCGGGGGCGCUGGGCCCGGGGCCGCACCCCGAGGCCGCCGCGAGCACCUCGUGAGGCAGCUCGACCGCGUCCGGCUCAGUGGGCAGCUCUCCCCCCGGCUGUUCCGGAAGCUUCCGCCGCGCGUCUGCGUCACCCUCAAGAGCAUCGUGGACGAGGAGUUUCUGUGGGCGGGCCACAUCUUCCUGGGCUUCUCCAAGUGCGGCCGCUACGUCCUGUCCUACACCAGCAGCUCCGGGGACGACGACUUCUCCUUCUACCUGUACCACCUGUACUGGUGGGAGUUCAACGUGCACAGCAAGCUGCGCCUGGUGCGCCAGGUGCGGCUGUUCCAGGACGAGGAGAUUUACAGCGACCUUUACCUGACCGUGUGCGAGUGGCCGGGGGACAGCGACAAGGUCAUCGUCUUCGGCUUCAACACGCGCUCGGCGCCGGGGCUGCAGGUGAACAUGAUGCUGAUGAGCGACGAGAACCACCGGGACAUCUACGUGAGCGCCGUGGCCGUGCCCCCGCCGCGGCACUGCCCCGCCUGCCGCCGCGCCGCCGCGGCCCCCGGUGAGCGCCCCCCCGCCUGCCUGCGCCACGGCUUCCUGCUGCACACCAAGUUCCAGGUGGUGUACCCGUUCCCCACCUUCCAGCCCGCCUUCCAGCUGCGCAAGGACCACGUCGUGCUGCUCAACACCAGCUUCUCCCUCGUGGCCUGCGCCAUCGCCGUGCACCCCGCGGGCGACAGCAGCUCCCAGCAGAUCCUCUACGAGCGCCGGAACGUUCCAGGCCCCCACCGGAGGGGGGAAAACGCCGCCCCGCAGCUCCCCGAGGGGCUGGAGGGGGCUGCGGGGCCCCCCCUGGCCGCGCAGCCCCCCCCAGGAGCCCCCCAAAGCCCAGACCUCCCCCCUGCGUCCCCCUCCCCGGCCGUGGCCAAGGCCAAGGAGUUUGUGGCCGACCUGUUCCGGCGGGCUCAGGGCGCAGGGGGAGGGUCCGGGGGGGCUCACAGGGAGGGGGGGGAGGACCCCCCACCCUCCUGCCAGGGGCCGCCCCCCGAGACUCCCCCCGCAGUGCCCGGCAGCCCCCCAGGGGAGCCACAGCCCCCCGGGACCCCCCCGGAGCCCGGCUACGUCAACUACACCAAACUGCGCUAUGUGCUGGAGCCUGGGGAGCCCCCCGAGGACCUGGAGGAUGACAAGAUCUCGCUGCCCUUUGUGGUGACCGACCUGAGCGGCCGCAGCCUGAGGCCGCUGCGGGACCGAGCCACGGCCCAGGGGCAGUACCUGACGGUGGAGCAGCUCACGCUGGACUUUGAGUACGUCAUUAACGAGGUGAUUCGCAACGACGCCGCCUGGUCCCGCCAGUUCUGCUCCUUCAGCGACUACGACAUCGUCAUCCUCGAGGUGUGCCCCGAGACCAACCAGGUGGUGAUAAACAUCGGGCUGCUGCUGCUGGCCUUCCCCUCCCCUGACGAGGAGGGGCAGCUCCGGCCCAGGACGUACCACACGAGCCUCAAGGUGGCCUGGGACCUCAACAGCGGCACCUUCACCACCGUGGGUGUGGGGGACCUCACCGAGGUCAAGGGGCAGACCAGUGGCAGCGUGUGGAGCUCCUACCGCAAGGGCUGCGUGGACACCGUGAUGCGCUGGCUCGUCCCCGAGGGGCCCGGCCGCGGCGUGCACAGGAUGACCAACGAGGCCCUGCACAAGGGCUGUUCCCUGAAGGUUCUGGCGGACAACGAGCGCUACACCUGGAUCGUGCUGUGACCCCGGGAUCCUUCUGGAGAUGGACACAGACCCAAGCCCCUCUUUGGGGCCUUUUUUUUCCUUUUGAUUUUUUUUUUGUUCUUUUUGCCAUUCAGUGUUUUAUCGGGGGUGGGGAGGGGUCCCCUGGACCUCCAAUUCCCCUCCCCAAAAUUAAAUUACCAUUUCCACA